CGUUCAACACCACCGCUCUGCUUCUCUUUCUUCUCUGCUCUUUCGCUUCUCUCCUCCAGUUUUAUCUCUUCUCUCCCCUUGGUCUCCUCGCGCGUUCUGGAAGCUUCCACGCCGGCUUUUACAGGCGGGUAAAAGCCCGCGCGGCCACGCCCAUGCCGCUACCAACCGCCGCUUCCCCCGCCUCGAGAGCUCUAACGAUUCCAGUAAUUGGAUGCACUAUGCGCAAUUCUGAAUCCGGCGUAGGAUAUGCUCCAAUAUUCGUCAACUGUCUAUAGUUGCAGAGGCCACUGUUGAAUCUUUGAAUUCAGUUGAUGGUGGGUGCCUGUCAAGCUGCCACGGACGGGCCUUCUAGCUAUGCUGUUAGGGGGAUCGGGAAUAGUGCCACAGAGAAUGGUCAUGCCCUGAAGGCAAAGGAGGAGAAGGAAUGGAGGAGCGGUAAUGACGAGGACUUGCCCAAUGGGCACAGUGCGCCACCAGGUGCACAGCAAAUUAACGAGCAGAAGGAGCAGCAAGGGCGGGUCAUCCGAUGGGAGAGGUUCCUGCCAGUGAAGACUCUCAGAGUCUUGUUGGUGGAGAACGAUGAUUGUACCCGUCAGGUGGUUGGUGCUCUGCUCCGUAAGUGCGGUUAUGAAGUUAUCUCUGCCGAAAACGGAUUACAUGCAUGGCAAUAUCUUGAAGAUCUGCAAAACCGUAUUGACCUUGUAUUGACUGAGGUUGCGAUGCCGUGUCUAUCUGGCAUCAGUCUGCUCAGUAAGAUCAUGAGUCACAAAAUCUGCAAGGACAUUCCUGUGAUUAUGAUGUCAAAGAAUGACUCUAUGGGUACAGUCUUUAAAUGCUUGUCAAAGGGAGCUGUUGACUUUUUAGUGAAGCCUAUACGAAAGAAUGAGCUUAAAAACCUUUGGCAGCACAUAUGGAGGCGAUGCCACAGUUCCAGUGGAAGCGAAAGUGGCAUCCAUACACAAAAAUGUUCCAAACCUAAGACUGGUGAUGAAUAUGAGAACAACAGUGGCAGCAGUCAUGAUGAUGACGACGGUGAUGACAGUGAUGACGACUUUAAUGUUGGACUCAGUGCUAGGGAUAGCAGCGAUAAUGGGAGUGGCACUCAAAGUUCGUGGACAAAGCGUGCUGUGGAGAUUGACAGCCCGCAAUCUAUGUCUCCUGAUCAACUAGCAGAUUCAUCACCUGAUAGUACUUGUGCGCAAGUAAUCCACCCCAAAUCAGAGAUAGGCAGCAAUAGGUGGUUGCCAACUGAAAAUAAAAGAAACAGUAAUAAUCAAAAAGAGAGUAAUGGUGACUCCAUGGGUAAAUACUUAGAGAUAGGCGCUCCUAGGAAUUCAAGUCUAGGGUAUCAAUCUUCUCCAAAUGAAGUGUCUGUUAAUCCAAUAGAAAAACAGCAUGAGACUCUCAUGCCCCAAAAUAAUUCAGAAAACGAAGUAUUGACAGAAAGUGACGGUAUAAACACACUGGACAAACCAGCUAUUAAAACUGCUGACUUGAUUAGCUCGAUAGCCAGAAACACAAAAGCCAAACAGGCACCUAGAAUCACUGAUGCCCCUGAUUGCUCCUCCAAGAUGCCACAUGGGAAUGAUAUGAAUAAUGAUUCUCUCGCUAUCAUGCCAUCCCAAGAGUUGGGUUUGAAUAUAUCGAAAACAACUGGAUCUGCAACUGAAAUUCAUGAAGAACGAAAUGUUCUGAAAAGAUCAGAUCUCUCGGCAUUCACAAGGUACCAUACAUCCAUGGUUUCUGAUCAAGGUGGAGCAAGAUUUCGGGGAAGCUGUUCACCUCAAGAUAACAGUUCAGAGGCUGUGAAAACAGACUCCACCUUCAAGAUGAAGUCAGAUUCAGAUGCUGCUCCAAUAAAGCAGGGAUCCAAUGGCAGCAGCAACAACAAUGACAUGGGCUCAAGUACCAAGAAUGCCAUGACAACGCCUUCUGCUGACAGGGGACCGCUUUCACCAUCAGCUAUUAAAUCUAACCAUUAUACGUCUGCAUUCCAUCCUGUGCAGUACCAAACAUCACCACCGAAUGUGUUAAGGAAGGACAAAGCUGAAGAAGAAACUGUCAAUGUAGUGAAAGUGGACUACUCAAGAGAGGCACAGCAAAGCUCUGUGCAGCAUCAUCAUCAUGUCCAUUAUUACCUGCAUGUUAUGUCACAGCAACAGCCAUCAAUUGAUCGUGCAUCAGACGCUCGGUGUGGUCUGUCCAAUGUAUCUGAUCCGCCUAUUGAAGGUCAUGCCGCAAACUAUGGUGUGAACGGGAGCAUCUCAGGCAGCCAUAAUGGAAGCAAUGUACAGAAUGAAAGUAGCACCGCUCCAAAUGUUACAAGACCGAACAUGGAGAGUGGCAUCAUGGACGAAAAUGGGGCUGAAGGUGGCAAUGGAAGUGGGAGCGGGCCGAGCGGAGGCAGUGGCAAUGACAUGUAUCAGAAUCAGCUCAGCCAACGAGAAGCUGCAGUGAACAAAUUCAGACAAAAACGGAAAGAGAGGAACUUUGGAAAAAAGGUGCUGUACCAAAGCAGGAAGAGGCUGGCUGAGCAGCGACCACGGGUUCGUGGGCAGUUCGUGAAACAAUCUGGCCAAGAAGAUCAGGCAGGUCAAGCAGCAGACAGAUGACACGACCCUUCGAAUGUGGCGUCUGCUUCCACACAGAAUUACUUAGGUUGUUUGAGUCCCACAUUAUCAUGCUCAACAAAUAAAAGUAUGUAUGAUUGUUUAUUGUCUGUGGCCGAUUCCAGGGGAACAUUUAUAAUAUGUGGGCUAUGUGGCCUUUUGUUGACGUCGUUAUGGUUUACGAUCUUCAGUUCUCUUGGAGAUAUGCUUAGUCAAGAAGAGUCUUAAGAAGGAGCAAGCCUGCAGCGACAUGGUUAUACUUGAUCGUGCAUGUUGUUCGUGACAAGGUGAUGUUUUGAAGUAAAAAAAUACACUAAUUUUUCUUA